AUGUGGUCUUCAACUAGACCUAAUCCCCAAUCUCCAGCUGAACAUCUCUUCUGUGUUUGUCAUCUUGGUACUUCAUUUUCUGUAGAGCCAGCACUAAAUUCUGACAGAGCUGAUACAGUAUCUGUAUACUCAAACUGUUUAUUGAUAUCUUCCACUGAUGAAGGAAUACUGGGUAUCAGAAUUAUAGGUGGUGGAUACUAUUGUGCACCGGGGGUUACCACACAUAUACACAUCUCCAUGUUGAAAAUGUCAGGAGAGGAAGUUUGGUCAUCAAAUGAAGAAGAGUAUAACAAACCUCAGCCUCCAUUUGGUAACAAGAGUGGCUACGAUUCAAGAACAGGCAUUUAUCACUCUCUAGUUAAGCUUGACACCAAGCAUGAACUCCCAACAAAGCUUGACCUCAACACUGCCAAUUUUGUGCUGUCACAGUUUCCACAAGCAGGCCUUGCUGAGGCAAGAAUUGCAUUCAUUGAUUCGAGUACUAAUAGGAGUGUAAGCUAUGCUGAGCUAAGACAAUCUAUUUACUCUCUUGCAUCAGCUUUGUUCCAUGGACUUGAGGUUAGGAAAGGAGAUGUGGUGCUUGUGUUAUCGCCAAACUCAAUCUUGUAG